UGCAUCCGGAGUCAGAAGAGACGAGUUCCCUUCUGCAGACAGCGGUUUCGGUGCUGCACAGCUCCUACUUGGACUCGACAUCCCAGGACGGUUUUCAGUACAGCCAAGCAAUUCUGGUGGAAAACGACUUUUUUUUAAGUGAGCUCAAAGCUUUUGCCCAAGCAAAGGAAGCCGCCGGGUACAGCCAGGAGGAGCUGGAGGAGACCUUUGCCUUUCUCCUGUUUGAUAAUGAAGAAGAGGCAAAAGAGGUGUGUGAGACUGGCCUCCGUGUAAACAGCAGUUCUAUUUCUACGCUUGGUGACCCAGCAAAAGGGGUUUAUAUUUCCAAGUAUGCAGACUGUCUUCAUCCGAGACCCUGGUAUCAUGGAAAAUCGGGCUAUAUUGUAAUUUGUAAGCUCAUUAAGGGGAAGGUCAAGGUGGUAUCUGAGAACUACACAACCAGUUAUACCUGCCCAUCUCCCGGCUAUGACUGCCACGUCGCCGUGAGCAGAAACAACAUCCCAUCAAAGACCAGUCACUGCCAGGCCUUCCAGCAGAGCCAGUAUUACGUGUACGAAGAGUCCGACGGCGGCCCCGCCGAGCGGCCCCGGCAGAUCUGCCCCUACAUAGUCCUCGCCUGCCAGUACAGGGAGCCGAAGGAGAUGCCUGCCUUAGCUGUAGAGAGCCUACCUGAGCUUAAUCACAAAGCGUUGUACUGUCCAUGGAGGGGGCAGCUGUCCAUCCGGGGCCAACUUUUGUGCAACAUUGCCCUCAGGACCCCAUAUAGCUCCACGAUUCCAGCCCAGCUGCCUCCCAACCUGGACAUUAACCAUGUCAUGGGUUUGUCUGACUUGAAGAAAAAGCUACCAGAAGCUGCAUUUGGGAAAAGGAAUUACGUUGAGAAUGAAGUCUGCUUUCAGGGUGUUUACUUCAGUCUGUACGAAGUAGAAAUAUCAAAGAAGGAUCAAUAUAAAAUGGAUCAGUUAGUUGAAAAUCUAAAGGAAAAGGACUUGGCAAUCAUCAAAUACUUACAAGAUCAAGGAGUCCUUAUCCUCCUCACGUCCUCUGCCUUGGCUCGAGAUGAUGCGUUCGACCCUAAGGAGCCCAUCACCCUCCUGGCCCUGUUUCUGUUCACCUCGUCCCGGUCGGUGUGCCUGAGAGGUAGGGAUAUUCCCUGUGCUGGCUUCAGACCCUGUGUUUGGGGUGUGGGAUCCUCACCAGAGAGUCCUUACAGGCGCGUUUCUCUGGAAGAGCUGAUUUCUCUGCUCAGAACCACCUGCAGCUUUAGUGCAAAGGUUGAAAAGCACGAUCGGAAGGAUGAGAGGGAAGAUAGUGACAACAGUGACAUCUCAUUAAAAGUAGCCUCGGUUUUGCCAGGACUUCGCUAUGCCUUACAGAAAACCACCAGUUCUGCCUGGGGGGACGCCGUCGCUACGAGCGUAUGCAUCAAACAGCACUUCCAGGAGUAUGCAAAGCUUGAUCAAAAUCUACAGCCCACCUCUGGCCAAGCCAGCCAAGUUCUCCUUUCUUCUCCCCUCUCGCCAACCGAGGAUGAAUGUACUAAUCCCUUCAAGAAACACUCGGCGCAGUCCUUCUCCCAGCUGCAGCGUUACCUCUCCGAUCCCAGCAGCUAUACUCUGGAAAUGUCGGCUGCCUUAGGAUGUCUGACUGGUGCUGUUCAGUCUCUUCGCUGCGAUGCAGAGGCUGACUGUAAAGUGGACUUCUCUUCAGCUCUGCCACCAGACCCUACUCCUCCCAACACCGCAAUGGAAAAAAAAGUCAGAAGUGGAAACCCAAAGCGCGCAGUGAGGCUGGACCAGAGUGGUGAAGGGGCCACGAAAGAUGUCAACUCGGCCAGCAAGCCGUGGGUGCAGCAGAGCAGGAGAAAAUCCAGCCGAGCUGUUGUGACCAGCACCAGGAAGAAAUGGUCACCCCUCAAGAUGCAAAUGCAUCCGAUGGGGGACAGCGGCAGGAACAGGAGAGCAACCAAGAAGAAAAAAAUCAACAUAACUUUCUCUUUUCCUAAAAAGCCAGGGCUCACGGCCAAUCCCAAUGAGCCCAUGCUCAAAUUAGCCAAUUUGCAGUUUCCACACAGAAGGAAAAGAGGUGCAGAGGUCCUGUCUGCAGAAUUUGUGCACAAAACGCAGUCCGAACCUGUCCAGAAUGAAACCUCAGCUCCCGAUGAUCCUGGCUUGGAAACAAAGAGACCAAAGACGCUGAAGAACUCCAACAUCAAAAAGGUUCCUGUUGCUGAGACCAACACGAAGCCAGGACUGCGGGACGAUCGCCGCGUCCUGCAGCCCCGCUGGGAGAAAAGCCCUGGGAUUUUCAGCAAGAAGAACAGCAUGAGCCCCAGCCCUUCAAAACCCCAUGUAUUGCCUCCAAGAGAGACUCAAGAAGCUGCCGAGGUGAACAAGCACUACUUCAUCUCUGCCGAGCACUCGUACGCCUCGCAGAUGCCUGAGCACUCAAAGAAACACGUGUAUCCCAGGGGUACCCCUUACCCUGCGCCAGCACCCUCCAGAAACGGGACCAGGAACACCCGAGCAGGACCCCUGGUUGGGAAGGUCCUGCCUUUCCGCCACCAGCAGAACAGCACCCACUCGCAGCGUCCCUUCGAGGCCGUGGUGAUGAGGCGCAGGAGCAGCCUGCUCUCCCCCAGGCUGAAGGAGGACUUUGCCAAGUCCCACACGGUGAACGUCAGUGGUGAGUCCGUGAGGGUGACGUGCCGUUGGGAGGCAGAGUAUCUCUUCAAUUUGGACAGCAGAUACACCAGCGAUGCCCUGGUGAAAACGGUCAUCCGCGCCCUGCACGGGCCCUGGGACCCUGAUCUACCCGACGACGUGGAAGAGAUGAAGCUGAUAGUUCAUAUGUGGGUGGCUCUCUUCUACAGCAAACCCAGCAAACUCCUGAGCAGCACGAGGGAGGUGGUGGAGCACAGCAACCCCGAGAAGUACGUCUCAAUAAACAGCACUGGGGACUUUCUUGAGCUGAGUGAUGAUGGUGAGGACUGUUUCGGAUUGGAGACAUGCCCUGCAGACUCUCGGUCAGACCCUGACCAGACUCCCAGCAGCUCUCUGGAUCGCCGUACAUAUGGCCAGGGACCUUUCCUCCCCGAGGAGAGCCCUGCAGACUCUCAGACUGAUGCUGAUGGAACUCCUGGUGUUGUUGAUAGUACAGUAUCAUCUUCUUCAGAGGAGCCGCCCUGUGGGGAGGAAGAACCUUCCUCCACAAGCUGCCCCGAGAGCCUUUCCCUCACUGAACAUGCUGAUGAGAGCCUGGCUGUUGCAGAUGGGCAGCCAGCAGUCGCUCCUGAGGAGUGUGUGCGUGACAUCUCGACCAUCGCUGCGGAGGAGCUGCCCAAGGAAGGGCUGCCGGAUGCUGCAGUCACCCCCAGCCCUUCCCAUGAGCUUGGCAGUGCCAGCAAGCCGCCAGCUGCGCUGGGCAGGGAAAACCCGUGCGACCAAGCCCCAAAUUCCAGGGAGUUGCUUCUGCCACUGUGCCAGCCCCAGUCCGUGCGCAGCCAGGGCGAGCACGAGGCCGAGGGAUCCGACGCGUUUGCCAGCAUGGAGGUGGGAGAGGGAGAAAUCCCGACUCUUACCUUCCCGCUGUGGCCGUUACGCGCGCACAGGGAGCUCUCCGGAGAAAGCCUGGAGCUUAGCGAUGCUGAGGAGAUCUCAGACACGCUCCCGAGGGCACAGCAGCUUCCCAGCAAAGACAGACGCACGGACUUGACCUUCGAAGAUCUGUUGGAGACUUUCUCCGGCGAUUCAGACCGGGAGUGUUCGGAGGGAACUUCACAGUCCCUGCUGACACCCAGGGGUUCCUACAGCACGAGGUCCGCGGAUGCUGCAGGCACAAGGACUAUCCGUGACUCCCCCUCCCCGAGCUUGGAGGGGUGCAGCGAGGACUGGGGCUCGCCGGGUGUGGGGGGCUGCCCACGGGCCAAGCACGGCUGGCCCAUCGGCCCGGGGGAGGCCAGAAGUGGGCACGUUCCUCCGUACAUCAAUAUUAGGGACAGCCAGGGGAUCACCAAGGACUACCGGAACUUUGUGAUCACUAAGAAGUGUCAGGAGAGGAUGGGAAAUCUGCAGCCUUGGAAGAGGCACAGCCGCUGCGCGGGACAGUCUCAUCUGUUCAGGUCACUGAUGGGGACUUGGAGGGGUUUUGAGGAAAUCACUCAGCACACUUUGGACAUGGAGUGUCUCCGUUUCCAUUAUAAGCUAAAACAAAUCCUAAGGAGUGGGAAACCACCUUUUUCUACCUCCAAAAGCAUCUUCCCAAAAGACUUUCCUCCCCAGAUGGUAUCUGAGAUGUUGCCUGUGCGAGAAGCUCCUGUCCCGCUCUCCCCGCGGAGCAGGAGCCCUUUGCAGGUGACGCUCCUGCCCUCGGACACGCGGCUGAGCGGGCUCGGCUGGCACCGGCGAAGCGACUGGCACGGGGACCUGUGGACCUCGUGGGAGGAGACCCUCUGCCACAAGAGGAGCAGGAGCAGAUCCCAAGCCACGAGCCAGGGCCACGCGGCUCCCUUCCAUCUCAGCAAGCUCAGAUACGACCAUGAGCCGAAGGACUCCGGCGGGGACAUCGCCCUCAUCCUUGACGAGUACGCGGAGUUCAAGAGGGUGAUGCUGAGCAGGGCUGGCACGGGGAGUGAGGGUGGAGGGCUGGUCCCGGCGCACGGAGAGGUCACUGGCAAGCGGACGUGCACGUCCCUCUCUGGCAGGAUGGCAACCUUCGAGGAGAUGAUCGUGGACCUGUGCAGCACGCUGCGUUUCCGCCUGCGCAGCAUAGCCAAGGAGGCCUGCGGCCGUCCCGGCAUGUUCUACCUGGUGGAAACGAGCAAGGACCCUUUCUUUGCAAGAGUGAAGACCUUGCUGAAGGAAGAUGGCCGUGUGGAGGUCGAGCCCCUGAGCUUCUGCGAAGCAAAACACCCGGGCACCGACAGGCUGCUCGUUGUCAUCAGGAACGAGGACAUUUCCUCGCACAUCCACAACGUCCCGUGCUUGCUGAAGCUGAAGCACUCUCCUGGUGUGGUAUUCGCUGGAGUGGACAGCCCAGAAGACUUAAUGAGUCGCACGUACCAGGAGCUGUUUCAGACCGGUGGCUUCGUGGUGUCGGACGAGGACGUGUUGGAAACGGUAACGCUGGGCCAACUGACGGGUGUGGUGAAGGUGCUGGAGAGGCUGAACAGAAGUGGGAGAUGGAAGUGGCUCCUUCACUACAAGGAGAGCAAGAAGCUCAGAGAAGAUGUCAG